AUGUUUACUCUCUCCCUGCUCUCUCUCUCUCUUGCCUUCCUGGAAAGAUGUUUGUUUCCUUGGGCUUGGUGGCUACCCUCCUUGCUCUAGGAACUUGUGCCCCUUUGCAAAGGGCAAGCAACCGCAGCAAGCUCCUUUUGGUUUCCUUCGAUGGUUUUCGGUGGAAUUAUGACCAGGAUGUGGACACCCCCAAUUUGGAUGCCAUGGCUUAUGAUGGGGUGAAGGCCCGCUACAUCACACCUCCCUUUGUCACCCAGACGAGCCCUUGCCACUUCACUCUGCUUACAGGAAAGUACAUUGAGAACCAUGGUGUGGUUCACAACAUGUGGUUCAAUGUCAGCACCGGACAGAAGCUUCCUUAUUACAACACACAAGGGAAGUCUGAGUGGUGGGAUAAUGGCAGCCUCCCCAUCUGGAUCACAGCACAAAGGCAGGGUUUGAAGACAGCCUCCCUCUUUUUCCCUGGGGGAAACGCCACCUACCAUGGAGAGCAGGUGAUGGUGAAGAGGGUGGAGAAACUCUUUCACAAGUACAACAACGAGACCGAGUGGAGGCAGAACAUUGACAUAGUCAUGAAGUGGUUCCUCGAGGAAAACCUUGACUUCGUCGCCCUUUACUUUGGUGAGCCCGACUCCACUGGACACAAAUAUGGCCCAGAAUCCCAGGAGAGGAAAGACAUGGUCAGCCAGGUGGACCGGACGGUGGGUUACUUGAGGCAGCGCCUUGAGGAGACAGGCCUGAGCUCAAACCUCAACAUGAUCAUCACAUCUGACCACGGCAUGGAAACGGUGAUAAAAACGGAUGAAAUCCACCUUCAGAAAGUGCAGAACUUCUCUUUCCAGGACAUUAAGUUUGAGCUGGUAGACUAUGGGCCACAUGGUCUCCUAGAACCAAAGCCAGGGAAACUAGAACAAGUUUAUGAAGCCCUGAAAAAUGCUCACCCCAAGCUCCAUGUCUACAAGAAGGAGGAAUUCCCCAGGAGGUUUCGUUAUGCCAACAACACACGGAUCACGCCUCUUGUGCUGUACGGUGACCCCGGCUACGUGAUCCACGGGAGAAUCAAAGUGCAAUUCAAUAAAGGCGAACAUGGAUUUGACAAUGAGGUUAUGAACAUGAAGACUAUAUUCCGAGCUGUGGGACCAGCCUUUAAGAAAGGUCUGGAGGUGGAUCCUUUUGAAAGUGUGAAUAUUUAUGCCCUGCUUUGCGAACUCCUGGAGAUUACACCUGAGCCACAUGACGGAUCCUUAAGUGUCACACAGAACAUGCUGGCCAAAAAUGCAGGCGCCUCUUUGGAAUGCGAGUAUUGCAAGGGAAUAAACAACUGCACGGGUCCGAAGCGGCCUUGUCCCAGUGGCCAAGAUGCCUGUUCCAUCUCUCUGCUCGAAGUCCCCAGUUCAAAAGACAAAAGAAUAAGCAAGAGCUGUGCAUCCUCCGAGACCUGCAAAUUGGGAUUGAUCGAGGUGACUCAUGGCAAAGGGGAUUUCACGCGGGAAAGCAUCACCUGUUGCAAGGAGAUUGACUGCACGCCAGCCACUCCUACGUUUCCACCACAGAGCACCAAGCCCAAUGGAAAGUCUUGCCCGGGCUGCUUUUCUCCCACAGGAAAGUGUACCGCAGAAGUGGUGGGUUGUACUGGGUCAGACACUUACUGCGUUAGUUUUGUUACAUCGACAGAAGAGAAUGUCAUAAACUACAACAUGAAGGGCUGCAUAAGUGAAUCUUCCUGUGGCCUGUUAAAAACACACAAAGAGGGUGUUUUUGGAAAUGCCGUUCCAAUAAAAAAUGUAACAUGUACCCAAGCCAACGAUUCUUCUGCUUCUCUCUCUCCCUCAUUUGGAUUCCUCCUCCUGGCUCUCUCCUGAUUACGUUUCUCUUGUAACAAGCCGCUUGCAGCAUCUCAACACCACUUGUUUUGCGUUUCAAAAGGAAUCUGCCUUCUUUUUCAUUUUUUCACUGAGUGAAAUAAAUAAAAAGUUGAA